UUCAGACUUUGACGUUUUCAUCUCUAGAAGUUCAACUUGGGAUUUUUAAAUAUUUCCAAUAGUUCUACUUAAUGUUUGAACCUAUGAGAUACAGAUAUAGUUCUUUCCCAGGAUGUGUGCCUGUCAGGGGCCCUCCUGACCCCUGGCCUCCUCUGUAUCUCCCAAUACCCCAGCCCAAGAUUGGAGCUUUGCCCAAAGCUGAUGUGGAUCUCAUGUGUCACAUGUGUGUUUUGUGCACCUGGGUAGGUGGCUGUGUGUGUUUGCAUAUUGCGUAUGUGGGUGCCAGUGUGUAAGAGUGUAUAUGUGUAUGUGUGUGUGGGUGUGUGUGUGAAGUUCCAAAUGCUGAGGUCAAAACCCAGGCACCUCCCAUGGUCUCCUCACCCAGUCCUGCCCUUGUGGGGUCAGUCCUUUCCCAACUUCUGUGCAUGGCCCACUGUGAUCCCUUCCUGGUGCCCUGAGCACUGGGCAUGGCACCUGACUCCUGUCUCUGCAGGGCCCCCUUUGCCUCAGACCCUGGCACAGAGUCUCUGCUCCAUGCUCCGCCUCAGUCUACUCGCCCUGGGCUUCAACGUCCUGCUGCUGGUGGCCAUCUGUGUGAUUGGGUCCCAAAGCACACAGCUGCAAGUGGAGCUGCGGGCCCUAAAAGAAACUUUCAGCAACUUCUCCUCCCACACUCUGAUGGAUGUCCGGGCUCUGGGUGCUCACGGAGGCAGCGUAGGGGCCAAGAUAACAUCUUUGGGAGCCAAGCUGGAGAAACAGCAGCAAGACCUGAAAGCAGACCAUGCCACCCUGCUCCUUCAUCUGAAGCACUUCCCAGCCGAUCUGCGUGUCCUGGCCUGCCAGAUAGAGUUCCUCCACAGCAACGGCUCAGAAAGGACCUGCUGCCCUGUCAACUGGGUGGAGUACUCAGGAAGCUGCUACUGGUUCUCCCGCUCUGGGAAGACCUGGCUGGAGGCGGAGAAGCACUGCCAGCUGGAGAACGCCCACCUGGUGGUCAUCAACUCCUGGGAGGAGCAGAAAUUCAUUGUACAGCACACAAGCCCCUUUAAUACCUGGAUAGGUCUCACUGACAGUGAUGGAUCCUGGAAAUGGGUGGAUGGAACAGAGUAUAGGUACAACUACAAAAACUGGGCUAUUGCUCAGCCAGAUAACUGGCAAGGACACGAGGUGGAUGCAAGUGAAGACUGCGCGGAGAUGCGGCCAGAUGGCCGCUGGAACGACAAUUUCUGCCUCCAGGUGUACCGCUGGGUGUGUGAGAAGAGGCGGAAUAGCACCACCCAGGAACCCUGACCCUGGCACAUCUCUGCCCAACCCGAGCCCACCCCUGCCCUUCCCACUUCCCUGUUGGAAAUUUCAAAGAAAGAAAGAAAAAUAGAUUCAGGGUCAUGGUGAUGGCUUGGGGAAAGAUAGAAAGGGGGAUGGGUUAAGAGUCUCAGACCCUGGGAAGGCUGAGAUCCAACCUCUUUCCAUAAGUCAUUGUAACUAUUAUAAUUUUCAGCCUCCUCAAUGGAUUAAGGAAAGAAGAAACAAACAGUUGAAA